CGCCGCCGCUGCUGGAGGCAGAUCGGAGCUAUAAAAGACCUGUCCGGGCGCCAGCCGCUGUUCAGUUAUUGCGGGCGCUCACGCCGUGGAAAGAGGCGCAGCGGGGCGCGCAGAGCGGCGGCGGGGGAAGCGGGGCAAGCAGAGGCAGCGCGGGGCUCGCCGUGGGCAACCCCAAUGCGUGGACUAUCCCCUGCUGCAUUAUGCUGGAGCUACAGUUCCGCUGAAGGGAGUUUGCACACGGCCGGCUGGGCUGGACUGCAGCGCUGCUGUUCCUUAUGAAGAAGGCACAAACUUGGAUUAUCACUUGCUUAUAUCUUCAACUACUGCUACUUAAUCCUCUUGUCAAAGCCCAGAGCUCCUGUGGGAAUCCAGUGACAGAUGAUGUGAAUGACAUUGCAAAAUUGAUCGGAAAUCUCCCAAAUGAUUAUAUGAUAACCCUUAAAUAUGUCCCGAAGAUGGAUAGUCUGCCUAAUCACUGUUGGUUACAUAUGAUGGUGCCUGAAUUUUCAAGAAGUCUACACAAUCUUCUCCAGAAAUUUUCAGAUAUUUCAGAUAUGUCUGAUGUUUUAAGCAACUAUUCAAUCAUCAAUAAUCUCACAAGGAUAAUUAAUGAUCUUAUGGCAUGCCUAGCUUUUGAUAAAAAUAAGGAUUUUGUAAAAGAAAAUGGUCACCUUUAUGAAGAAGGUAGCUUCAUUCCUGAGGACUUUUUUAGGCAUUUUAAUAGUACCAUUGAGGUCUACAAGGAGUUCGCAGACACGUUGGAUAAGAAUGACUGCAUUCUGCCUUCAACAGUAGAAACACCAGAGAAUGAUUCCAGAGUCGCUGUCACAAAAACAUUUUUGUUUCCUCCUGUUGCUGCCAGCUCCCUUAGGAAUGACAGCAUUGACAGUAACACUAGCAGCAACAAGGAGGCACUUGGCUUCAUUAGCAGCUCCAGCCUGCAGGGCAUCAGCAUAGCACUGACAUCAUUGCUGUCUCUUCUUAUUGGCUUUAUUCUGGGAGCUAUAUACUGGAAGAAAACACAUCCCAAAUCCAGACCAGAAAGUGAUGAAACUACACAGUGUCAUGACUGUCAAGGGGAAAAUGAGAUAAGUAUGUUGCAGCAAAAAGAAAAGGAGCAUCUACAAGUGUAGCUGUCGCAUUUUCUCCCUCAACACUGUUACUGUUUUGUGUACUGGUAGGUAACAGUUCCAUGUUCGCUUCAUAAAUGAAGCAGCUUUAAGCACAUUCGUAUUCCUUCUGGAGUGACAGACUGAGUCUGCAUCUGUUGUUGCUGCCCAUGACUCCAUAGACAUAAUAUAGAAACCAGGACAAUUUGCGUUUGUUACUGUGAAACCAACACUGAAUUGAACAGCGACAAGAAGAGUGUGCACUUAGCAGGACUGUAUCCUAUGUGACCAUCUACCUUGUGUUGUAUUUGGGGAUUUUUAAUUGGAUUAAUACUCGCAGCUGACCCUGACAAACAAAGUACAUGCCCCGAAGAAAAAGCAUCUUUCAAAUGUCCCCAACUAUGUAUAAUCAUUGAAAGUUAUAAAUACCUUUGCAUCCUUAAUUUAAGUUCUGUGUCCUCUACCUUAGCAUGGUGUCUUCAGACGGACUUCUCUGAAUUGUCAUAAAAUGCAGAAAUGGAUACAGACAACAUACUCUUCAAUAUUGUAUAUAAAACUUGAAAAUAAAAUCAUGCCAUGGACCGAUGUUCUGGCCUUUUACUUAUAAGGAGCUAUGUUUGUGCCUGGCCAAGCUUGUAUGUACAGCAAUGUGUGGUCUCUGUUGGGUGUCAGGUGGCUGGUUGCCCACCCAAGAAAACCUCAAGAAUUCAUCAGCUUUGGUGGUCUCUGUUCAGGAAAAGCAAAUACCAGAUGAAGACAAAGUAAACGGGAGGUGAAUGUACCUCAUGGAUUUUGAAAGCAUUACAAAUGACUUCUGGGUAUGUGAACACUGGUGAAAUUUCCAGUCAUGCCAAGGGAAGGGAAAGCAAAGAGUCUGAAUUGCGUUCAAACAUCAGAAUAAAGACAAACCCAAGGAACGCAUUUUAAAUGCUGAAGGUGUGUGCUGUUGAUACCUUGUCUUUAAGUGUAUACCAUGGAAAAUCUGAAAGAUCUCAAAAGUGUAUUUAGCUUUUACUUAUGCCAGCUGUAAUUAAUGUUUGCAUUGUGUUUUACGUGAUUACUAAGCUUUAAUAUCUUGGCAUUCUCCACUGUUAAAGUUAGUUCUAUCAAAACGUAAGGAAAAGGCUUUGUUUCCCACUUGUCUUUUGCAUCUGUUGCUGUUACAACAUCCAUGAAAUCUUUGCAGGACUGUUGUACAGACCUGCAUUUUUCCGUAAGUCCUAAAAAUACCAUAGUAAAAGUUACAAGUGUAGUUAUGCAUCUUUUCAUCUUGGUUCUUAUCAGAUAAUGGGUAUGAAUUAUUUAUCUAUAUCAGGGGUUUGUACUUCAGAAGGUAAAGGUGGCUCACCUCAGAUGACAAACUGUCAUCUAUUAUUAAACUGACCAGGUCAGCAAGAGUUUUAGUUUAAGUAAUUUAAAAAUGUAAAAAAAAAAAAAAAACCACCACCAUCCUUUUAGUAUUUUGCAUAAAGUUGAAGUUCUCUUUAAAGUAUAUAGUUACUUAAUUUUUUUAACGAUUCUUGUGGAAACUGUAAUCAUCUGAUGAAUUUUCUGAGAACUGUGCAUAAAAGAGUAUGACAGACAUAUAAUAUAUACGUGUGUGCAUGCAUGUGUGUGUGUAUUAUUGGUAAAACUGAUUCAUCUUUCAUACUUACCAAAAAGAAAAAAACACUUUACUGUGUUUGAUGACAGAGGUUAUGUGUGCACAUAGCCACUCUGUGGAAGUUUGACCCUACUGAGAUCAAUUAUGAAAAUUCUAGUGAAUUCACUGAUAUAAGGAUUUGCUCACGUGAAAUUAUUUUGUAUUUAUACUGAAGCCUUUUUGCACUUCUUGGUUGUCAGAAAAGGGUCCUGAAGUCCUGCUCAGCUGGUAUAAAUUAGUAUAGUUCCAUUAAAAUUAACAGAGCUUUGUGAUUUGCAUCAUUGAUGGAACUAUGUUAGACUAGAUCAAAAGAAGUUUAGUAUGAGAAUUAGGCCUUCAAUUUUAUUCAGAAGAUGCUGGAGCACUCACCACUUAACAAGAAAUAAUCGGGAUUGCUCAUCACUUCUAGAAAGCAACUGCAUUGCAAAUUUUAGCUCUGCAAAAUUCAAACAGAAGUACUCAUCUACAGCUCAGUCUCAUUAGACGUUGUGUAGUUCUUUACUCACAAGGCCCUCUGAAUUUGUGUUUCAAACUUGUUUAAGAGUUAUCCUGAAAGAAAUAUUGAUGUGAUCUAAUUGAUGGGAAAUUUGCACCUUAUUGGUAAUACAGAAAAUAACUGCAUAUUGAUUUUGACAGAGCAGAAAAGUAUCCACAGUAAAUGGAAGCAAUUAUCUUUAAACAUUUUACAGAAACCUUAAAUACUUCAUGUUGUUGUAUAAUAUGUUUUCAAACCAAGCAUAUGCUUUUGAAGUUUUAGAGUAUUUUUCUUAGAUUUGG